GGGGCGGGCGGGCGCCGAGCGCGGCGCGGGCGGGCCGGCUGACGGAGGAGCGAGCGGGCCGGCCGGGGAUGCCGCUCGGGGCUCAGCGGUCCUCGUGUCAGUGAGCGCCGCGCACCGCCGCAGCCAUGACGGUGGAGUUCGAGGAGUGCAUCAAGGACUCGCCGCGCUUCAGGGCUACUAUUGACGAGGUGGAAACAGACGUGGUGGAGAUCGAGGCAAAACUAGACAAGCUGGUCAAGCUGUGCAGUGGCAUGAUCGAAGCUGGCAAGGCCUAUGUCACGACCAACAGGCUCUUCGUGAGUGGUGUUCGAGACCUGUCCCAGCAGUGCCAGGGCGACACCGUCAUCUCGGAAUGUCUGCAGAGGUUUGGAGACAGCCUGCAGGAGAUGGUCAACUACCACAUGAUCCUGUUUGACCAGGCCCAGAGGUCUGUGCGGCAGCAACUGCACAACUUCGUCAAAGAGGACGUGCGGAAAUUCAAGGAGACCAAGAAACAGUUUGACAAAGUUCGGGAGGACAUGGAGCUGUCCCUCGUGAGGAAUGCCCAGGCCCCACGGCACCGGCCCCACGAGGUGGAGGAGGCCACAGGUGCCUUGACCCUCACCCGGAAGUGUUUCCGUCACCUGGCACUAGACUAUGUGCUCCAGAUCAACGUACUCCAGGCCAAGAAGAAGUUUGAGAUCUUGGAUUCUAUGCUGUCCUUCAUGCACGCCCAGCACAGCUUCUUCCAGCAGGGCUAUAGCCUGCUGCACCAGCUGGACCCCUACAUGAAGAAGCUGGCAGCCGAGCUAGACCAGCUGGUGAUCGACUCGGCAGUGGAAAAGCGUGAGAUGGAGCGAAAGCAUGCUGCCAUCCAGCAGCGGACGCUGCUGCAGGACUUCUCCUACGAUGAGCCCAAAGUGGAGUUUGAUGUGGACGCGCCCAGCGGUGUGGUGAUGGAGGGCUACCUCUUCAAGAGGGCCAGUAAUGCCUUCAAGACGUGGAACCGGCGCUGGUUCUCCAUCCAGAACAGCCAGCUGGUCUACCAGAAGAAACUCAAGGACGUGCUCACCGUGGUGGUGGAUGACCUCCGUCUGUGCUCCGUGAAGCCAUGUGAGGACAUCGAACGGAGGUUCUGUUUUGAGGUCGUGUCACCCACCAAGAGCUGCAUGCUGCAGGCCGACUCAGAGAAGCUGCGGCAGGCCUGGGUUCAAGCUGUGCAGGCCAGCAUCGCCUCUGCCUACCGGGAGAGCCCGGACAGCUGCUACAGUGAGAGGCUGGACCGCACGGCGUCUCCGUCCACGAGCAGCAUCGACUCUGCUACGGACUCGCGGGAGCGCAGCGUCAAGGGCGAGAGCGUGCUGCAGCGUGUGCAGAACGUGGCUGGCAAUAGCCAGUGUGGGGACUGUGGCCAGCCGGAUCCCCGCUGGGCCAGCAUCAACCUGGGGGUGCUGCUCUGCAUCGAGUGCUCCGGCAUCCACAGGAGCCUGGGUGUCCACUGCUCCAAGGUGCGGUCCCUGACCCUGGACUCAUGGGAGCCAGAGCUGCUGAAGCUGAUGUGUGAGCUUGGAAACAGCACCGUGAACCAGAUCUACGAGGCUCAGUGUGAGGGGCCAGGUGGCAGGAAGCCCACAGCCAGCAGCCCUAGGCAGGACAAGGAGGCCUGGAUCAAGGACAAGUAUGUGGAAAAGAAGUUCCUGCGGAAGCCACCGUCUGCACCAGCCCGGGACGUCCCCCGGCCCUGGAGGGCGCAAAAGUGCCAGCGCCACCACAGCUCCCCCCGGGUCCCUGCUGCCCGCCGCAAGGUCCGGCUGGAGCCCAUCCUGCCCUCUGUGGCUGCUCUGUCCUCAGCAGGUGCUGUGGAGCGCAAGUUCCGGAGGGACUCUCUCUUCUGCCCGGAUGAGCUGGACUCCCUCUUCUCCUACUUCGAUGCUGGAGCUGCUGCAGCCGGUCCACGGAGUCUGAGCAGCGACAGUGGCUUAGGAGGCAGCUCUGAUGGCAGCUCUGACGUUCUAGCCUUUGGCGGAGGCUCUGUUGUGGACAGCGUCACUGAGGAGGAGGGUGCAGAGUCGGAGGAGUCCAGCGGGGAGGCGGAUGGAGAAGCAGAGGCCUGGGGUCUGGCGGACGUGCGCGAGCUGCACCCUGGUCUACUGGCGCACCGAGCGGCGCGAACCCGAGACCUCCGAGCGCUGGCCAUGGCGCUGGCGCACGGGGCAGAGGUCAACUGGGCCGACGCGGAGGACGAGGGCAAGACGCCUUUGGUGCAGGCUGUGCUGGGGGGCUCCUUGAUUGUCUGUGAAUUCCUUCUGCAAAACGGAGCAGACGUGAACCAAAGAGACAGCCGGGGCAGGGCGCCGCUGCACCACGCCACACUCCUGGGACGCACAGGUCAGGUCUGCCUGUUCUUGAAGCGGGGGGCCGACCAGCACGCCUUGGACCACAAGCAGCAGGACCCACUGAGCAUCGCGAUCCAGGAGGCAAACGCGGACAUCGUCACUUUGCUCCGGCUGGCCCGCAUGGCUGAGGAGAUGCGAGAGGCGGAGGCGCCCCCGGGCCAGCCGGGCCCCCUGGCGGGCAGCAGCCCCACGGAGCUCCAGUACCGCAGGUGCAUCCAGGAGUUCAUCAGCCUCCACCUGGAGGAGAGCUAGGGCGGCCAGGCCCCUGCCCUGCCCGGGACGCCCCGGCCAUUCCCUGGAGCCCCAGCUGCCUGCUCUGCCCUCCCGGGAGCUGCCCGACCCCCAGGGCCGUGAGAGGGACCCCAGCACGGGGUCUUCUGAAGCCCCACGUUUCCCCCUGGGAGGUGCUGCAUCAUCUGAUGCCCCUCGCCGCACCCGGGGACCCUCCGUCUUCAGGUGGCCCCUUCCUCGGGAGCCCGGGUCGCUCAUGUCACAAACCAC